AUGAGUAAAUGGCUUAUAAAAAAAAUCUCUUGCCCUACAAAUGUUUCAGAAAAGCUGAGUGAACAGCGCCGUUACUCUGAGGCUGCUCUCCUGCUGGACCAAUAUGCCAAUGACUGUGAGGAGGCCAUCCUGGCUCUGAUCACUGGGGCUGUUUGGGACGAGGCUUUGCGUUUGAUUCACACACACCAAAGACAGGACAUCACAGAGACCAACCUCAAACCUGCUUUGCUAGAAGCUUUCAGCGCUCAAACAGUCUUUCUGGAGACUCAGAUGUCCACAUUCACGCGCCACAAGAACAGACUGGCUGUGGUCCGAGAGCAGAAACUCAAGGCCAGGGAGGACAUGCUUGAUGAUGAAGGCCCAGACUGUGCUGAUGCUGAGCUGUACAGUGAAGCCAGCAGUGUCCUGACCGGAUCCAAGUAUUCUCAGAGCAACUCGCGCAUCUCCUCGAGGUCAUCGAAAAACCGACGGAAAGCAGAACGCAAAAAACUGAGUUUGAAAGAAGGAAGCCCGAUGGAAGACAGGGCACUGAUACAUGCCCUCGGGGAGAUCAUCACCACUGUGGACAAAAUGAGAGAGGAAGUGCACGGCCUGCUGAAGAUGUUAGUUCUGUUUGAGUUUGAGCGGCAGGCACACAGGCUCCAGGAGCAGUAUGCAGAGGCUCUGAGUCUGCUGGAGACCUCUGUGCCUGAGGUGUGGCCUGAGAACACGCUCAACUGCACUCCGCUCACUGGGCCCCAGAGCACGGCCAACAGCAUCUCAGCCUCGUUCCAGCAGCAGAAUCCAGCAGCUCCUCCACAGGCCCAGGCACAAGAUGCUGAGAUUGUGACUCCACCAAAGCUGAGACAUAACAUCAAGUGGAAGCUCACUGUUCUAACAUAAAAUAUAUGUAUUUAAUUUAGCUUUUUUUUUUUAUCUUUACAUGUACAUGUUAUUAUGAAAUAUUAAAAU